AUGUCCAUCUGCAACACCGUCAUUCUUCAGCUGUCGGGCGACCCUCGCACCAUCCAACCUCCUCGCGUCCUAGCAUCACGAAAGCCCUCAUUGCUUGCCCCCAAUGGCUUCGGCGCUCGAACAGCGGAGCAACUUCCGCUGCAGAACGUGCAACAGGCCAUAUCCGAUUCGCCUCCGAGGUCCCUUUCCCGCCAACGCCCCGAUUCACGACAUCUGCCGCUUCUGCGCGUGGAGCGAAGCAUCCGAAGCAUCACUCUGGUGCGAAGCAGGGAACCACGAGGUUGCCCCGGGUUCCAUCCGGCCUGA